AUGUUCGUGCCGUGCCUCCUGCUGGAGGACUCCUUCCUAGAUAGUGGAGCAGUUGAUGACGUCCUGGCGGAGCCACGGGCGUUGGAGGGACCGGUCGUUGAAGUGGUGGCAUCCACCGAUUCCUUCCGGCAGCUAGCGAAAUACCGGCUCCAUGAUGGAGACCGUGUUCUCGAGAUAGGCUGUUGCUUUGGACAGUGCACGGCCAUUCUGGCGGAACGUGCCGCUGAAGUACUUGCACUGGACACAUCCAAGGAAUGCGUUCAGCUCACCUCUCAGCGCCUGCGAGAGGAACGGCUGGCGGAGCGUGCGCGGAGUGAGAGGCUGGACGUGCUGGCUCACCCGGAACUGCUGAGGAUCCUUGCCUCCUGCAAUCCUCCGUUUUCCGUGGUCUUCGUGGACAUUGGCGGCAAUCGGGAGCUGAACCAUGUGGUGGAGUUGCUUGAACUCCUGGACCGGACGAUGCAAAAUCUCAGCUACGUAGCCGUGAAGAGCGAGGCUCUGGCGGAGGCAUUGGUGCACGCCCCGUUGAACGAGAAGCGACUUCAGUGGUGGAAGGAGCUCACCCAGCAAGUUUGCCGGAAGAAGUCGCCAAAGCGGCCCAUGCAAAAGAUUUUGCAGCGCCCAGUCCGCAGGACGCCGGAAGGCAAGGAAAUAUGUCGUUUCGCGAACUAUGCCGAAUGCUCCAAGGGGGAGGACUGCAGGUAUGACCACACACAUUGCCACUGCUGCGGUGCUGAGGGACACUAUGCCCGUGAUUGCGUGCAAUUCGAGGAGACGAACCAGGUUGAUGGUGAGCCUACCUACAGUCUCUGCUCACCUGUGGCGCAACGACUCUACAGUGCUCUUCGGGCUGGUGGCCGGGACCAGAGCACAGUGGAUGGACAAAACGAGCUGAAAGACCAUUGA